CUUGUUUAUCAUGUAGAGAUGAAGGAUGUAUGUAUAAAUGGCAACUAAGCCUUCCAUACUCUUGGCGUCUUCAAUUGUUUAUUGACCUUUGUUUACUCUCUCUACUCUCCGGCUUCAAGCAAAGAUACUUCCACACUAAAGCAAUACCCUGGUUACAAGUGUUACAAGUGAAUUGUGGGAAUAUGAAGAAGAGUAUAUUGUGGUUGUACCAACGGUUGUGCAAAAUAAAAAAAAUAGAUAAAUGAAAUAUCUUUUUCCGCCCGUUUCAUCCCUCUCCUUCUCUCUUUCUAUCUCCUGUGUGUGUGGGCAACCAGGGGUGAUCUUGGAGUACUUGUUUGUCCUCUUUCUUUCCUUCUCUCUCUCUCUCAUUUUUUUUUCUUCCCCUAUUCCUCUUACUUAUUCUCACUCUCAUUCUGUCUUUCAGCAUAUUCAUACCCACACACGCUCUCACUUUCCUCUCAGCAUUCGUAACACACACAACCCAGUCCUUACUUCCAAUCGUUGUAAUUACUGCUUAUUCAGGCACCUUCAGUAAUUUAUAUCCAGUCCUCAUAUCCCGAAACAUCUUGGCGUCACUACUCCUAGCAGCACUCUCCAUUUUUUCUUCAAGCUGUUAUC